AUGUCUCCCCCGAACCCUGAGGAUCCACCCCAGGAGCCUGGGCCCUCAAGCUUCAAGAAAAAAAAGAAGAAAAGGAAGUGGCCACAGUGCGAGGCCAGCAUCCAUGCCCUCACCAGCGCUGGCCACGGGGCCCUCCUUGCUGGCCGGAACCACGAAGCCCUGGCCAGUUUCCAGAGGGCCUUCCUCUUAGCCUCUGAAGCCCCCCACACCAGGGACACCCCCAUUCUCCGGGCCUGUGCCUUCAAUCUAGGGGCUGCCUAUGUGGAGACGGGGGACCCAGCCAGAGGUCUCGAGCUGCUCCUGCGGGCACAACCAGAAGGGGAGGCCCAGGGCGUGGGUCACGGCGACCAGUGCUUCAACGUGGCUUCGGCCUACCAAGCCCUGGGGGACCUGCCUCAAGCUUUGGCCUGGUACCACAGGGCCCUGGGCCACUACCAGCUGCUAGGUGACCAGGGACAAGCCCAGGCAAAGAUGGGAGCCUGCUACCAGGCACUGGGGGAGCCGGAGCAGGCCGUGCACUACCUGCAGGAAGCCAGCCGGGCCUACGCCCAGGCGGGUCAGCCCCGGGCCGCAGCCUUGGCACUGGGGGCCGUGGCCGGGUGUAUGCUGGCAAGCGGGCAGCAUGGGGUGCGCGAGGUGGUGCAAGUGCUGGAGAAAAGCCGGGCAUUCGCUGAGAGGAGCCCGGAGCAGGGACUGCUGGGUCAACUCUACAAUGAUCUAGGCCUGGCUUACUCCAAGCUCCGGCUGUUCCCUCUGGCCGCAGAGGCCUUCCUGCAGGCCCUGCCCCUGUGCCAGGGGCCAGCCGAGGAGGCCACAGUGCUGGGGAAUCUCGGGGCAGCCCACAAUGCCCUGGGCAACUACCAGGAAGCGCGGGAGUAUCACCAGCAGGCCGCCAACCUGCACGGUUCUGUGGGCCAGCGGCGGGAGCAGGGCCGGAGCUUUGGCAGUCUGGCAUAUGCUCUGAGCCAGCUGGGGGACCACACGGCUGCCCGAGACAACUUCCUGCACGCGCUGCAGGCUGCCCGGGACACUGGGGACGUGAAGGGUCAGUGGCAGGCCUGUGAGGGUCUGGGGGCUGCGGCAGCACGACUGGGCCAGCAUGACCAGGCUGUGUGCCACUACAAGGAUGCACUGGCCCACUGCCAGAAAGAGUCAGAUUCUGUGCGUGAGCGACUGGUGGCAAAGCUGGCAGACGCCGUGAGGACACAUGUGGCCCGGGGUGGGCUGGUCCCUACUCACACCCAGGUCCUUGCGAUCAUGGGAAGACCGAGAGUUAGAGGAAGACCAGAAGGAGAAAGAAGAGGGGCCAGGAAAGCUUCCCACCAUGUCCUGGACUCUGAGACCGGAGCAUCAUCCAGACGGGAAGCACCCCGCCGGAGCCCGGAGAGGAGACCCCCUGAGUCUGGCCUCUGCAUCAUCACGUGA